AUGGAGACCAGGGUUAACAAAAGUCAAGUUGAUAAAGUUUGGUUGAGUUUUAAGAAGAGAUUGCCUGAUUGGGAAUUGAUUCACAAUUACUGCUCUAGUGAAAUGGGGAGAAUUUGGAUUAUGUUCAAUAAGUCUGUUGUAAAUGUGACUGUUAUUGACACUCAUAGUCAAUAUAUUCACUGUAAAGUUGUUUGGGAGAGUAAAAGUUUCUUCUGUUCCUUUGUGUAUGGAUCAUAUAUUGCAGAGAAUAGAAAAGAUCUCUGGUCUAAUCUUGGCCUUAUUAGUCAGUCCAUUAAUGAGAGUUGGAUUGUCUUAGGUGACUUUAAUGCUGUAAUGAGUAAUGGUGAUAGGUUGGGUGGUAAUGAUAUUGAUAGUCAAGCAGCAGAAGACUUUCAAAACUGGGUAGUUCAGUCUGAUAUAGCUGAACUUCAUCAUGUUGGGGAAUACUUUAUUUGGUGUAACAAUCAAAUGGGGGAGGAUAGGAUAUGGAGAAGAAUUGAUUGGUGCUUUACUAAUGAUAAGUGGAAUGAGUUGUUUGAAGGGUCUUAUUGCAGAAUGUUGAAUGUAGGGGUGUCUGACCAUUCUCCUAUUGUGGUUAAUAUAGACAAUAAUAUUCCUGAUAGGAAGACUCCUUUCAAGUUUUUUAAAGCCUGGUGUGAGCAUCCAGACUUCAUGAAGAUUACCAAGGAGGUGUGGUUGACUAAGAUUCCUGGGGUAACUAUGUAUCAGAUAUAUGAGAAGCUGAAAGUGUUGAGGAAAAAAUUCAAGGAGCUGAAUAAAAAAGAUUUUGAUAAUAUUUCUGAGAGAGUGAUAAGAGCCAGGGAGUUGGUUAAUUCUCUUCAGACUAAGUUGGUGUUAGAUCCUUUUAAUCUGGAUUUGCAGCAGGAGGAAAGAGCCUGCAAAAUAGAAAAAAAAAUUAUGUCUCUGAAGUUGAAUAAUGGUACCUGGACUAAUGAUGCAGAGGAGAUUAAGUCUUCUAUCUUAAAUCACUACCAAGAAUUUAUUGGUACUCCUCAAAGAGAUAGAACUUUUGUUAAUCAUAGUACUUUUGAAGAGGGGUAUGUUCUGAGUAAUGCUGAUUGUGAAUUGCUUAAUAGUCCUUUUGAUCCUGAAGAAGUUAAGGAAGCUAUAUUCUCUAUCAACAGUGACAAAGCACCAGGCCCUGAUGGAUUUAGCAGUAGUUUUUUUAAGAAGAGCUGGUCUAUUGUUGGUAAGGAUGUAACCACUGCCAUUAUGGAGUUUUUGGAGUCAGGAAAAAUGUUAGGUGACUACAGACCUAUUUCCUGCUGCAAUGUGAUUUAUAAAAGUAUCUCCAAAGUUUUAACUAGCAGAUUAAGGAAAGUUAUAGACAAGAUUAUUAGUCCUGUGCAGUCAGCUUUUGUUCCCUCCAGAAACAUUGCAGAUAAUAUUCUUUUGGCUCAUGAAAUAGUCAGGAAUUACCACAGGAAAAGUGAUUCUUCUUGUGCCAUAAAAGUUGACUUACAGAAGGCUUAUGACUCUGUAAGUUGGGAUUUUAUUGAGGAAGUGAUGAUUGGUUUUAGAUUUCCUACUAAAUUCAUUAAGCUGACUAUGAGCUGCAUUAGAUCUGCUAAGUUCUCUAUUGUUGUGAAUGGAGGUUUGGAGGGUUACUUCAAUGGAGGUAGAGGUUUGAGGCAAGGAGACCCCAUUUCUCCAAUGGUUUUUGUUCUGUGUAUGGAAUACUUAACAAGGUUGAUGUAUAAAAACACUAAGGUUGAUUCUGGAUUUCAGUUUCAUAAAGGUUGCAAGUCUUUGAAGCUCAGUCACCUGUGCUUUGCAGAUGACCUCUUCUUUUUUAUCAAUGGGGAUGCUGUCUCAAUCAACAUUAUCAAAAAGGUGCUGAUGGAGUUUACCAAUUGCUCAGGUUUGAAGCCUAAUCACCAGAAAAGUCAUAUUUUCUUUAAUGGCUCUUCUGAAACUGAGAAAUCCAUGCUGCUGAGCAUUCUUGAGUUCCAGGAAGGAACCCUCCCCAUUAAAUACUUAGGUCUUCCCCUGAUUACUACUAAGUUGUCUAAAGAUCAAUGUUGUGGGCUCAUUAGUAGAAUUUCCUCUAGGAUUUCUAACUGGACAGCAAAGAGUCUUUCUUAUGCAGGCAGGCUCCAACUUGUUAACUCUGUACUUAUGAGUAUGCACAUUUAUUCGUGCUCUGUCUUUUUGCUGCCUGCAGCAGUAGUAAAAGGGGUAGAAGAGACCUGCAGGAAGUUUCUGUGGCAUGGGGUGAAUUCUGACAAAAGUGAAGGCCUGGUCUGUUGGAAUUUGAUUUGUAGACCUAAGUGUUGGGGUGGUCUAGGCAUCAAGCCAGUUAAGACUUGGAAUAUAGCAGCAAUUACAAAGAAUAUCUGGGGUAUUAUCUCUCUUAAGCCAUCUUUAUGGGCUAAUUGGGUCAGUGUUAACAAGCUCAAGAGAAUGAGCUUUUGGGGCAUAACUAAGCCCCAUGAAGCUUCAUGGAGCUGGAGACAAUUAUUGAACAUAAGAAAUAGAAUUGCUGGGUUUUUUAAGUAUAAGCUUGGUGAUGGUUCCAAAUUAUCCUUCUGGCAUGACCCCUGGGCUAAUGGCAUGUCUUUAAAGGAAAGAUUCCCUGAGGUAGUUGUCAAAGACUCAGAAGUGGAUAAGUGUGCUAUGGUGAAGCACUUAUGGAAAAACAAUAAUUGGAGCUUUCCUGAUCCAAUAGAUGAGUAUACUCUUUCAAUUUGGGAUUAUGUCAAGAACAAUUUCAAGGUUCAGACUAACUCUGCAGAUGAAGUUACUUGUAUGUCUACUAAUGGUUCUUUCUCUAUUAAGGCUUGCUGGAAGUUCAUUAAUCCUACUGAGCCAGUGAUCCCAUGGACUUCUAUUGUCUGGUUCAAGGGUAACAUUCCCAGAUUCUCAUUUAUAACCUGGCUUGCGUUAAUGAACAGGUUGCUUACAAGAGAUAAAUUGUUCAAGUGGACAGUUAUUCAGGAUGAGAAAUGCUGUUUUUGCAAUACAGCAUCUGAGUCUAUUAAUCACCUGUUUUUUGAGUGUUCUUAUUCUAGAGGAAUUUGGAAUAGGCUCCUUGCUGAUAUGAACAGAAAUGGUGUUAGUUGGAGAAGAGAAGUAAGUUUUUUUGUCAGAAGAACAAAAGGGAAGUCCAGAUUAGCAAUUUUCAGGAAAUCAAUAUUCUGUGCUGCAAUUUAUCACAUUUGGAGAGCCAGGAAUGACUUGAUCUUCAACAAGAAUCAAGUGUCUGAGUAUCACAUAUACAAGAGUAUAAGGCUUGCAGUGCAUUAUGCAACUUGA